CCGAACUCUCGCACGCGUCCGCUGCGUUUGUGUGACCGUGACUAUGACGGUAGCUGCGGGGCACCGCUUUAGCCAAGCACAAGCCGUAACGGCCACCACACGACCAGGCCGCAUCUCCCUCUCUCCUUGCCCAUCGUCCUCGUCAGCUCCUCUCGUAGGUCUUGUCUCUUGUCAUGAAGCCCAGAGACUACUGCUGCUGCGCGAUCCCUCUUGUGAAUGCGGGGAUCUAUACGCUCCUGGUCGAGCAGUUUGUCGCCGCACUGCUGGUGGGAAUUCUCUCAGUCGGGACACCUGAAAUCGUCGGAGAUGCCAGUCCAUCGUUCGCUUCCAUACUUCUGGGCAUCGUAGCCUUCGUCGUGUGCGGUGUUCAAGUGCUUGGCUUCAUUGCGGUCCGGACAGAGAAGACGGGCAUGUUUCGCCAGUAUCGAAAUCUGCACAGCAUCGGCCUUGUUGCUUUGCUGGCGAUCUCCGCCGCUUGGAUCAUCAUCUCCGCCACCAAGCAUAGCACGGCGAAGACCAAAUGCAUCGACAAGUACUUCACAAAUGAGACGCUCGAUACAGAAGCCGAUACCCUUUGCGACAUCUUUACCUGGGCGGAUGUGGGCAUCAUGGGCGGCCUUUGGGUUGUCCUAGCCAUUUCGCACGCAUACUACUUUGUCGUGCUCAACUCCUACGUCUCCUCCUUGAACGAGUUCCAUGGCAAGUACAACGCCCUGCGUGACUCCAUGAACCCCUUGACCGACAUCCCGAUGGAUCGUCGCAACGACCCGUGGGAUGCGCGCGCGUCGGUGGAUUCCGUGCGCCUAGGGGAGGAGCCGAAGUAUGACACGGACGAGCACGCGCCCCGCCGCGCCAGCGUCCUGUCGAAGCGCACCAGCGCCUACGAUCAGAGCGCAGCACCGCGCUUCCCGGACCCAUACCAUAAUGACGACCAGCCAGGCGCAUCGCGACAGCAUGCAGCUGGCGGGUACUGAUGACGACCUUCCUCCUCGCUACGCGACCGUCUAAUGCCCAUCGUCUCCGGUAAUUUACGGUAGCGAUGUCGCUCUGACGGUCCACCUCUUUACGCAUAUCGCAC